AACAACACCACUACAGCAUAAAAUUGCUAAUCAAGAGCAGCAACCAACCAAAAGAGAAAAAUGGCAUUCAGGUCAGCCAUCGCAUUGUCAGCAGUUCUGGCUGCGUUUCUGGUGGUGGGUUGUGAAGGAGGUGGUGGAAUAUCAAUCUACUGGGGACAGAACGGGAAUGAAGGAACCUUGGCUGAGACUUGCGCCACAGGUAACUACCACUAUGUCAACAUAGCCUUUCUGUCAUCAUUUGGCAACGGACAGCCACCGGUGAUCAACCUUGCAGGCCACUGUGAUCCAACCAACAGCGGCUGCGCUGGUCUAACUUCCGACAUCAAGUCAUGCCAAGCUAAAGGGAUCAAGGUCUUGCUGUCAAUCGGCGGAGGAGCUGGAGGCUACUCCCUUGCAUCCACACAAGAUGCAGAGCAGGUUGCAACUUACCUCUGGGACAACUUCUUCGGCGGUUCUUCCUCUGCUAGGCCACUUGGCCCUGCUAUGCUCGAUGGGGUAGACUUCGACAUCGAAGGAGGAACAAACCAGCACUGGGAUGAUCUGGCUAGGUCCCUCAAAUCCCACGACGAAACGAUCAUACUGACAGCAGCUCCACAGUGCCCGUUCCCUGAUGCUUGGAUAGGGAGUGCACUUCAGAGUGGACUGUUUGACUAUGUUUGGGUUCAAUUCUACAACAACCCUCCUUGCCAGUACUCUUCUGGGAGUGUCACGAACCUUGAAGAUGCUUGGAAGCAAUGGACAUCCGCCAUUCCUGCUAAGAAGAUCUUCCUGGGGCUGCCUGCUGCUCCUGAUGCUGCUGGGAGCGGAUUCAUCCCGGUGAACGACCUCGAAUCGCAGGUGCUACCUGCAAUCAAGGACAGCUCCAAGUAUGGUGGUGUGAUGCUGUGGUCGAAGUUCUAUGAUGAUCAAACUGGAUAUAGCAAAUCCAUCAAGAACUCUGUCUAAAUUAUGUGUUGAGUCAUCCAGUCAUCCACUAAUGUUCACUAGCAUUAUGCGUGAAUAGUUUCUGAGAAUGCAUUACUACUCUGAAUGUAUCUAUUGUAUAUUUCCACACUCUAAUGUACAAAAAUGUUUCGCGUUUUGUUAAUGGUUUCAAUAUGCGUGAAUUGUUUCUGGGAAUGCACUACUAUCCUGAAUGUAUUUAUCGUAUAUUUCAACACUCUAAUAUACAAAAAUGUUUCGUGUUUCGUUAAUGUAUUCAUUUUUCUUUAUAUUUUGUUAGUUAUUGCAUUACCGGGUGAUUUCUUGUAUAUUAUUGAUAUAUACGACAUACUUACUACGAUAUUGGUUUAAUUUCCUUAUUUCUUUUACUAGGUAUGAUAUCAGAUUAAGUUAAAAUUCGUAAUUUUAAAUUAAACAAGGUUUCUUAUACUUGGUAUGAUAUUGGUUUAAUUUAUUGGUGGCAUGCCACAAAAAGAAGGCUUAUUAUCAAAAUAAGAUACAACCUUUUAUUUUAUUAACAAAUAUAGCAUAAUCAACUAAUUUUUGACAAAUUUACCGAAUACUAUCAACUCUCUUGACUGUCAUCGCCGCGAAUCUAUCGUAGGAAGGUGAGUUUAACUAAUAAAGGAUGUAGAUUGAA